GUCGGCUUACCAUUUGGCAGUAGAUUUGGACAGGAGAAGGAGUGGGUGGCGAUCCUCGGUUGGUUGGAUGGAUAAGCCGAGUUGGAUUAGAGUGUGGGAAACGAAGAUCCCUCCGAAGUUAAAGGUCUUUGUCUGGCAAAUUCUUAAUCGGGCCCUUCCGACUACGGAGGUGCUUAUUGAGAAAAAGGUCUCCGUGUUACCAUGGUGUCCAGUUUGUUGGGAUGGCCCGGAGAAGAUGGAACACAUGUUCCUUUAUUGUCCGGUUGUGCGGGCUCUCUGAGACUAUUCAGGGUUGGAUUACUUGGGAGAGGGUUUGCCUCGGCACACUUUUCCUUUAUUCCUCAAAUGUCUGUUGGCGCUGAUUCAUCAACCGUCUUUGGUUAUGGUUGUUGUUGCCAUCCUUUGGAAGAUCUGGUAAUUGGGUAGUCUUUGAAGGCAAACAGUUUGGGAUCCCGACGCUAAUGAGACAAUUUUACCAACAGUAUGAGGAAUGGGUGGGCUUGCCAACAGAUCAGGCUCCUAGGGUGCCGAUCCCGAUGGUGCAACCUACAGCGCAGGUGGGUGAUCCUCAUUUGGUUUGCAUGUGGGACGGGGAUACUAAGGGUGGGUCGCAUUCGGCUGGUGGGAUGGUUCUUUUAAGCCCAGCGCGGACUCUCCUUCUGGCUAGAGGGAUUCAGUUUCCUCAAAUGGAUGAGCCUGCAGUGGUGGAAUUACUUGUGCUCAGGGAAGCUAUUAUUUGGUGUGUGGAGCAAGGCUUGUCAGAGGUCCGGUUUGAGGGCAAUGCGAAAGUGGUAAUUGACAAAAUUAAUCAAGCUGAUACAAGAGAUAGCCGGUUGGGUGCUGUUCUGGAAGAGAUUGGUCAUUAUUUUCGUACUCAGCCUGGCUUUAGUGUGCGUUUUGUAGGUCGGGAGAACAAUAGGGUAGCUCAUUUGGUAGCUAGGAAAGCCCUCUCUUUGUAUCCGACUAUGAGUCGCUUCUUUGAUUUCCAGGCCUGGCUGGUUUCCAGGGUGUAACUAUCUAUUUUUUUGGAUCAAUACAUGAUAUCUUUUCACACAAAAAAACCAUUUAAAAGGUAAAACUCAAAAUUAAGUUGAAAAUGACCAACAUCACGCAUUCAACGCGCACAAUUUACGUGCAUUUUGUGAGUGAAAAAUAAAAAAUAUGGUAUUGAUUUAUUGAGUUAAACUAUUUAGAUGCUAGCACAAUUUGGGUAUAAUGUUUUUAGUGGUAAAUGCUUUCAACCAAUAGUUCCAAGUCGGGUGACAUAACAACAAUUUACGAUAAUAUAGUCUAAUAGAUAAGGAAUUGCGAUGACAUUUAGUAUAGCACAUUGGAACCACUUUCCUAUUUUUUUACCAAUGCCUGACCACUUUUCAGCCGUUGUGAAUAAUAUAAACAAAAAAUUAUGCAUAUUCAAGCAUAUUUAAAACACAAUUCUAAUUAAAAAAAAAAUUCUUAUUUUUACCCACAAAAUAAGUGAAGUUAUGUAUUGCAAUGUAAUUUUGAUUUUAUGCUCUGAAUGCGUGAGGUUACGCAUUUUCAUCAUAAUUUUUUUUUCUCUCAUUUAUGCGCGCAUUUUGGGUUACUAUGUCUAUAUACUAAAAACAAUAUCUGGUAAAUCGUCCGAAAGGGAGACAAGGAGAAGAAACAUAAGGAUAAGGAGAAACCUGGAUAAUAAUAAAAAAGUAAGAUUGAGCCUUAACAUUCCACCGGAGCUCCAAGUACAUAAAUAAAAAAAGGAAGAGGGCACAACUUGCUAAAAGGAAGGAGUGAUUAACUGCAAAAAGAAGACCACAAGUUGGAAUCCGAAGAAGGAAGCAAAAUAUUGAGAAAUGACAAUCUCAUUUCUCAAUAUAUGCUCCCGUCUUUAGACUUAGUCUUGGGGCCUUCUAUGCAACUCUCUCCUUUCUUUCAGUCCCACUGCUCUCUUCUUCUUCUUCUUAUUUUACUUUUUUGCAACUGGAGCUCCAGUUGAACAUUGUGGCCCAAUCUUUUUCUUCUUUCUUUUUCAGAUCCAUUCUUCUCCUUGUCCUUAUAUUUCUUCUCCCUGCCCUUCGUGUCCUUUUCACCAAUAGAGGCAUUCUACUUAUCGAAAAGCAAGAAAGAUUUAGAGUUAAUACUUUCGUAUGACCUGAACUUUGACCAAAAUAAACAUCCUGGUCAAUCUUUUCGAUCUAUAACAUCCUGGCCCGAACUAUACACCUAAAUAAACAAUUUGGCCAGAUUCGACUUUUGACCGUUAACUUGGACGGUCAAACGCGUUGACCGUUAGUCAACGCGCCAUGUCACUGCCAAGUCAGCAUAAAAUAUUCAAAAUAAUUCACAAUUUCCACACAUUCCCUAAUUUUAAAUUAUUAUAAAUUUAAAAAAAUCAUCUAAUACCU